AGAUGUAAUAGAACAAGGAAAAGUUCUGGUUUCGGCUAACAGAAACAACACAAUGAAAAAUGAGAACAAUGUCAACGGGAACCACGAUGAAGCCGGUGGCAAUAUUGAGAACGAAGUAAACGAUCAAAGCAUUAAAUCAAUCAAUGACAACAGACGUUCAGAUAAUAUUAAAGACAUUGAAAUAAGAAACGUAGAAGAAUUGCCUAUAGUCAUUACGGAAAUCGUCGAUAGUAAGAAAGAUAUGUCAUUUCCAGUCGAGCAUUCAGAUGUUGAUCCAAUUGACAUAACUGUCGGAGAACAAUUGAUUACCGAAAAUACAGAGGAUAGACAUCAGGCAGAUUGUAUGGAAAAACACACACAAAUGUCUUUAUUACGAGCACCAAGAUUAGAUAAAGAUAGUUUAAAUACAAAUUCAACCGCUGGGAAUGCACAACUGACAGAACACAGUUUCAAACCCGUGAAACAAGUCUCACAUGAAAGUUUAGAUCAAAAUACAGAUGAGGUCAGUAGUGGAUACUGGUCUGAAGAAUUUCCACGUCCGCCAAUGUCCUGUGAUAAAGAAUCAGGUUUUCUACAGACAUAUGGUGAAUUGGUUUCGGUUUCAGUUUCGAAUGGUAGCACUGAAGGAACAGAAGUCAUUACAAGCGGUCUAGAAAGUUAUAAUCAUAAAUUAACUGGACAGACAUCACCAGUUCAUAGAGAAAGUAUUCAACCAAAACAGAUUAUUGUAAGAAAUGAUAGUGGCGUUUUUGACAAUGGAAAUGGAUAGCGCUGAUGAUGUAUCAAUAGAGUUAACAGGCAUUUAAUUUGAUAAUCAUAUGAGAGUUUGUAAAACCAGAGCAAAUGCAUGGCUUUUUUGUACCUUUAUGAACAGGAUUAUACAAGAAAUGUAUACAAGAAGGGAGAUUGAAUUUGAAAAAAAGUAAAGUCCACAAUAUGUUUUUACUAUAGGCAGCUUGAAAAACUUUUUAUGUGUUGUUCGUGUACAUAGUAUUGUAUUUUUAAACAUACAUUAAUCAACGCUAUUUAGAUUGUACUGUUUAUUGACGUUUCGUGUACAUUUUAUGUAACCUUAGGCCUUAUACAAUACCUACGAAUCUCAUUACACAUGUGACGUAAAUCUUUUGUUCAAACUCUCCAUUAUUAUACCCCACGCAACGAAAGGGUGGAGGGAAUAAUGUUUUUUACCCAUCUAUCUGUCUGGUUUCUUGUUAUCAGAAGUUAACUCAUCUUAAACCACACAACAGAAUUUCAUGAAACCUUUUUAGAUGUGCAUAUCGACAAGAAAUUACGUUUCAAUUUUUUUUCUAGAGUUUAUGCCCUUCGAAAAUGUAUGUGCUUCAUUAUACUACUGUAUGCCAUUGUAACACCUCGGAAACCACACAACAUAAUUUUAUGAAAACUUUUUAGAUAAUAUGACAUACUAUGUCGAUGUACAUAUGGACAAGAAAUUACGAUUCCAUUUUUUUCUCUCCGAGUUACGGUCCUUUGAUCUUAUUUGCUUCAAUUUACCACUGCAACAGUUUGUCAAUUCAAGUUAUAACUCAACUUAUAAUAAGCUAUCCAGACUUAGUAUAAUAAAAAUAUGGAUCGCUGUAUAGAUGAAAGUAAAAAAGAAAUCAAAAACGAUAUCAUCAAUAACAACAAAUCAAAGAAAUUAAGAUAAAAGCAUGACCAAACGAAAGAAAAAAGAUGAACAUGUUUUAUAUUUUGGAUAUAUUGAAUUUUCUGGUAAAAUGGACACUUAAUGAGAGACUUGUUCCCCCGCCAGUUACAACAGCAUUACAUGUGUAAAAAGCAGGUAACUUGUGUUAGGUAUAAGGUAUAAUUUGUGAAUAAAUUCCCUUUUCUGGACCCUUUUACAAAUUAACGUAAUCUGUUUUGUAUUAUCCUAAGUUAACUUUCUAAUAGAAAAUAAGUGAAAAACAUGCUAUAACGCAUUAUGAUACCAAGCACGUUGUGUUGUCGUGUAAAUUCGUAUAUUUUUAUUAUAUGGCUAAUUGACUAUCAAUAAAUGCAUCAUCUGAUUUUGAAAAGGAUUGAAAGAGAAACUUUCAAUUUUGUAUUCGACAUAUGAACCAUAGAAAAAUAAAGGUAAAUAUAAUUUACAAAGAAUAAAAUGUAAGUUAUAUUGGUUGUUCUAACAAACUGUUAUUUUCCUGUUAACAGUAAUAUGACAUUAUAGUAUUUGUGUAUUCACUUGAUGUUAUGCAGUUAUGAUACUUUUGUGUUAUAUAUCCUUAAUAAAUAUAUCGU